AUGACACAUACUAUGAGUAAAAAUAAACAACAACAUUAUUAUACAAAUAAUAUCGGAGCACCAUCAUAUUCAUCAUCAAGUACAUCAUCAUCAUCAACUUCAUCAACAGCAGUUACUUCAACAAAUAAUGAAAAUGAACCUGGAGAUUUUCUUAUCGGUUAUGGCGCAUUUGGAGUUAUAUGGGCAGUUACAGAUCCUCGAACAAGUCGACGUGUUGCAUUAAAAAAAAUGCCGAAUGUAUUUCAAUCAGUUAUAGCUGCUCGACGAGCAUUUAGAGAAAUAAAAAUGCUUUGUACAUUUCGACAUGAUAAUAUUCUUCAAGCUGUUGAUAUUCUUCAGCCACCUAGUCAGAUAGAAUUAUUUAAAGAAGUGCAUAUUUUAACAGAAUUAAUGCAAAUUGAUUUACAUAAAAUCAUUGUUUCACAACAAGCAUUAUCAAUAGAUCAUUGUAAAGUUUUUCUUUAUCAAAUUCUUCGAGGAUUAAAAUUUCUUCAUUCAGCUGGUGUUCUUCAUCGAGAUUUGAAACCUGGAAAUCUUUUAGUUAAUAGUGAUUGUUUAUUAAAGAUUUGUGAUUUUGGUUUAGCACGAACAGAAGAAUUAGAUAGGACUAAACGUAUGACACAAGAAGUAGUAACACAAUAUUAUCGUGCACCAGAAUUAUUACUUGGUGCUCAACAUUAUUCAUAUGCAAUCGAUGUUUGGAGUGUUGGUUGUAUUUUUGCAGAAUUACUAGGGAGAAGGAUUUUAUUUCAAGCAUCAUCACCUCUUAAACAGCUUGAUUUAAUCGUUAAUUUACUUGGUACUCCACCAUUAGAUGAAAUAGCGUCAGCAUGUGAUGGUGCUAAAUCUUAUAUCCUAUCGAAAACUUGGCGUGCUCCUAAAGUAAACACUCUUUAUUCUCUUUCGAAAAAUGUUACACAUGAAGCUGUACAAUUUCUAUUAAAAAUGUUAACAUGGGAUCCAAAAAAACGGAUUACUAUAAAUCAAGCAUUAGAAAAUAAUUAUAUUCAUGAAGGACGUAUACGUUAUCAUUCAUGUAUGUGCCAUUGUUGUUUUUCAACACCUACUGGAAGACAAUAUACAAUGAAUCUUGAACCUGUUCGAGGUUUUCGUUAUGAUGAUUCAGAUGAAAAUUUUUCUAGUUUACGUCAAGCUAAAGAAUAUAUGCAUAAAUUAUUAACAGAAUUUAGUCAAGCAAAUACUGUACCACUAAGGCUUAAUCAUGAUUCGCCAUUAUAUAAAACAUUUGCCACAUCACAAGUAGCUCAAGCACAUGAAUUACCGCCAUCACCUGUUGCUUGGGAUAAGCUUUGA